UUCCUGUAACCAUUUUUAAUCUAUUUACAAACACAUAUAUGAACCAUUUGUCCUGCAUGCUUCAAAAAAAUUCUAUACACGUCUACGCAUCCACUAAGCAAUGCAUAUGACGUAAGGAUCCUUAAGAGAAUCAAUACGGGCAUGCCCCGCCGGAAGCGCACAGCGGAUGAAGCCGGAAGAAGAGUGAAAGUCAGCAGAGUGGAGCACAAUGAUGAAGAGACCCUGGUCAUAUCUGAUUCUGAACAUGAAGAGGAGGAAGAUUGCUCGUUUAAACGGUCCUCUCGGACAGCCCGGUUUAAGCAAAGGGAGAAUCAGUCUCAUCUACAAAAGAUGACCGAAGAAGAGAUGCUGGACCUGGCCAUGAAACUGAGCGCUCAGGAAGCAAACAGUGCUGCCCAGAGACAAGAGCUGGAAGACAACGACAUACAAAAAGCCAUAGCAGAAAGUCUUAAUGAAAGCUCUGUAAAAGCGUUGGAGGGUCAAGAUGAAGCAGCCAGCUCUACAGAUCAACCACAGCAGAAUGUAACAAAUGCGAUAUCACACUUGAGACGGAAAUUGUCAUUCUCCAGCCGAGAUCAGACACACAGUGAGAAUGAAACAACUAGUCCACUGCCAGAAAUAUCUGCUCUAUCACAGACGACCUCCUCACAUCUUUCAAUGAGGAGUUCCCCAUCUCAGGUCUCCAGUCCUCCUGCUACCACUCAGGACAUGACCUCAGAUGAACAGACAGUCAUCAGCAACACUCCUGAGCUCUUCAGAUCUGUAUCAGAGUCCCAGUCUCAGACAUCCCCUGUCUUCACCAGGCAUGGCUGCUUCAUUCGCCGGCCUGUAGUAUGUGUAGAGAAACUGAGUCAGGACCUCAUCGCGGCAAGCACUGACUCAAAAUUUCACAUGCAAGACAGCACUGCCGCUUCCAUUUCCGCUGACAGAUCUCCGUCCCCAAAGCAGGAAGAUUCCCCCUUUUCCAAAUGCGCAGUCUUCACUCAGAAAGACUUCAAACGAAAAGACGGUCGUAAAAAUACUAAUUCAAGUGAAGACGAUACUCAAAUAUCUGAUGAAGAUACUCAUUUACCAACACAAGUAAGCCAAGGUUUGAGCACAGAUCAAGAUACGUGCCUUUCACCUUCUGCAAGAUCCAAGCUAUCAAGCCCCAAAUGUGUGCCUAAAACCAGCAAUGAAGAUGUUACUGUAGCAAGUAAAACACCUAACCUAAAGCAAGCGGAGGAUCAGACCACUCGGGAUGAGAAUGUAAAAUCUGACAAUGAAACGGCUCCAAAAACUUGGAAUGAAUUUGCUAGUCACAUGGUCUUGCAUUUAACAGAUGAAGAUGAUGGCAGCGAAGAGAUUCUUUCCCCCAGCCCAGUCUUGCAAAAGAAGAUUUUUCAGCCAAUCAAGACUGAGCUUUCCCCAACCCAGUCCUGCAUCUCUCCAGCUGUCUUCACACCCAAUCUUUCUACACAAGACACACAGAUGUCCCGGUCUGUCCUGGAGGAAGGCUCGAGAGCAUCCAAAGGUGUGGAAUCCAAACCCUCCGACUGUAAACCUCUACAAACUUCAUUGGAAAAAGGAGAAUGCACUAUUUCUUACUACUGGGGUGUGCCUUUCUGCCCCAUGGGGCAAAACCCGGAUGAGUACACGCGUGUGAUCUUGUGUCAAAUGGAGGUGUACGAGAAGAGCCUGAAGGAGGCCCAGCGAGAGCUGCUACGCAAAGCAGACUGGGGACAGCCAGUGAUUCCUGGCUCAUCAGAGAGGACAUUUGGUGCAAGGAGAUGGAAGCGCCACAGAGCUCCUCAGUUGUCAGAGGAUGAGGAGGAGAAUGAAGAAGAGGGAGAGAAAGAAAAUAACAGAAUAGAAGUAGAAGAAGAGAGGGAAGAAGCCAAGGAGUCGUCUGUGGUGGGGUCACAAGAGGAUGCUGAGGGCAGACAGUGUGAAACAUAUGUAGUGUUGUCUUCUCCAGAGACAAAAGAUGAGCAAAUGGAUAAAAACCCUUUCUUCAGCCAGGAGGAGCCUGUAACUGCCACUUUAAAUAAACCUUUAAGGAAAAGUGCUCCAUGGGAUACUUCAGAUGAAACUCAAAAACAGCGUUCAGCUGUGCAGGAGGAAGAGGAGACCCAGAAUCAUGAGCAUUGUGAAGAGGAUGAGAUCAUUUGUCCAGAGACUCAGAUGACUCAAAACAGCACACCAGAACUAAUGGUGACCAGUCCUGUUCAGCCCCAGUCUCAUGCCAGCAGUGAGGUGAUGGAGGUAGAGGAGGGAGGAGUUGCUCCUGUCGUAGAAGAGGAGAUGAUGGAGCAAGAGAGUGGUCCAGCAGAGGCAGCUCCUCUUCACAUCAAGAGGCUGGAAUGCCCCAUGUGCUCCAAACUCUUCCCCCUUGACAGGAUCGAGGUGCACGCAGCUUUAUGUAAUGGUGAAACAGACCACAAGGAAGAGCAAUCGCAAGUUGUUGCCCGAAGGAAAAGGACCAGAAGAAAUUUGACAGAGGAAACUCAGCAAUCUGGCAAAUCAACACAAAUGGACAAGUGGAGCUUCCAGGAGUAUCCAGAACAUGACGAUUUGUGCAUUGAAAAGAAAGACUCAAGAGAUAAUCAGGUAACAUCAUUUGAAAAUGGCCUGCUUUCUGCUCUGGACCGGACAGAACGGAGACAGUCUGGCACUGAUGAACCUGGACCAUCUGAAGUUUCUACAACAAGCAACUGUGACCUUGCCGAUCCUGUUGUGAUGGGGACCUCUGAAAGUGUAGACUGCUCAGCGAUGACUUCCUGUACCAGUAACACCUUCACUUCUCAAUCAGAGAACACUGACUGCCUUAUUGACUCCUCUAAGAACAACCAAAGACUCUCAAGAAAGAGAAAAUUCAAAAGAUAGUGUCAACAUGCAUUUAGUAACACUUGUGUCUGUGCUUUUCAGUGCCUCUCCAUUUGUAUGGCUUUUUAUGAAAAGAAAAAUGCACAUAUUGAUCUAAGUCUUUGUUGUCUUCUAAAAGUCUAUUAAAUGCUACUGCCACCCCA